UGCUCUCUGACGCACCAUCAGGACGACAGUCAACACAGAGAAAAAAUCAACAGACAGGAGGGGAGGCGAUGUGGAGCAGGGCUGCCUGCUGGAGGAGCCCACGUGUCUCUUUUCUCUUAGCUGUAGCCGUAGCUGCUGUUCAUGGAGGACUGGAGUGUAUGAGGAGCAUUUCUUUGGUGCAGACCCUCACAGCCUGAAGCCACCCUGCCAAACCUGGGACCAUGUCUGGAGCCUACGACGAGUCCUCCAGCCAGGAGGAGACUACAGACAGCUUUUGGGAGGUUGGGAACUACAAACGGACGGUAAAACGAAUUGAUGACGGUCAUCGGCUCUGCAAUGACCUCAUGAACUGCAUCCAGGAGCGUGCCAAAAUCGAGAAAGCCUAUGCACAGCAACUGACCGAGUGGUCCAAGAGAUGGAGGCAAUUAAUAGACAAAGGGCCUCAGUAUGGUACAGUGGAACGAGCUUGGAUGGCCAUGAUGACAGAGGCUGAAAAGGUGAGCGAUCUUCACCAGGAUGUCAAGAACCAUCUGAUCAUCGAGGACUUCGAAAAGGUGAAGAACUGGCAGAAAGACUUGUAUCACAAGCAGAUGAUGGGAGGAUUUAAGGAGACCAAGGAGGCAGAGGAGGGCUUUAAGAAGGCCCAAAAACCCUGGGCCAAGAAACUGAAAGAACUCGAGGCUGCCAAGAAGUCGUACCACAUGGCCUGCAAAGAAGAAAAGGUGGCCACCAUGAGAGUGACUAACAGCAGCGAGGCAGACGCCUCUGUGACGACUGAUCAGCUGAAGAAACUGCAGGAGAAAGUGGACAAGUGCAAACAGGACUCUCAGAAGGCAAAAGAGAAAUACGAGAAGGCUCUGGAUGAGCUGAGUAAGUGUACCCCUCAGUACAUGGAAAACAUGGAGCAGGUGUUCGAACAGUGCCAGCAGUUUGAAGAGAAGCGGUUGAGCUUCCUCAGGGAGGUGUUGCUGGAUGUCAAACGCCACAUCAACCUCACAGAGAACCAAAGUUAUGCUACAGUAUACAGAGAACUUGAACACACCAUCACAUCAGCCAGCGCACAGGAAGAUCUGAAGUUGUUCAGGAACGUCCAUGGUCCUGGCAUGCACAUGAACUGGCCUCAGUUUGAGGAAUAUAACCCAGAGCUUACUCACAACAUCUCCAAAAAAGACAAGUCAAAGAAAGGAAAUGAUGGAAUUGUGCUGACUCAUGUCACCACAGGAGUGGACCAUGCUCAAGCUGGAGACAGGGGAAGUCUGAGCAGCUACGAGAAGAACCAGGCACACACGGCCUCCUCUGAGUGGUCAGAAGAGGAUCAGACAGAUGCAAACUCAAACAACGACACGAACGGGGGGCUGAACCCUUUUGAUGAAGAUGUGGACAAAGGUGUGAGAGUCAGAGCGUUGUAUGAUUACACUGGACAAGAGCAGGACGAGCUGAGCUUUAAAGCAGGUGAUGAGCUAACAAAGCUGGAGGAAGAGGAUGAACAGGGCUGGUCUAAAGGUCGCCUAGACAACGGCCAGCUGGGUCUUUACCCAGCCAACUACGUGGAGCCGAUCUAAGUAUUCCAGCUGAGGACGUUUGCCUCGUCGGAGGUGAAACCCAGACUGAACCGACGGGUCAUAACUGCACAUUGCCAGAGACUUCAGAGCAAAGCUUCCUCUGCCUGGCAGGCACAGUGAGCUAUCUUCAUCUUCAUCACGGAGAACUUGUUCAGGAUCCUCCAGACUGCAACUGAAGCAAAAUGUUUUCUCCUCUCUAUGUAGCUGUGUUUGAUUUCAGCUGUUAUGCUAACAUGCCAUAAAGUAUGUUCAUUCUCUCGUCUGAAUGUUUAUAAGGUGUCAUCAGUUGUGCCUGGGCAGUGAGAAUGAGCUAUGCAUUGUGCAUUUCAUGUAAAUAUUUUAAUCUCUUUUUUACAGUCUGGAUGCUUGUACAGUUUCUUUCCUCGUUGAUUACAGUGUUUUCUUUCUAUUUACUCUGUUUGUUUAGCCUGAAAGGAAUAGUUUGAGGAAUAGUUUUUUGAAAAUAUAUUAAUUCUUCUGCGAGUUGGUCAGGCAGGUUUGAACCAUAUUUAUGGCUACAUAGACACAAUGCUACAGCCUGCAGACAGCUAGUUAAGUUCGACUUAAACAGGCUUUCUGGCUCAUCCAAAGGUAAUAAAAACACCUUCUGGCACGCUCAACAGAGGAAGAGAGACGACAAAGAUGCUGACAGAAAAUUUGAUAGAAUUAAGAUUUGCAGCACCAGUUUGUUGUCUUCUUUGUUUAUUUUUCAACUCUCAUAAGCUGAUCUAUCAGAGUUGUCUCAAAGCCAUUUGAGAAGCGGAUCCACAUGGAACCUGAUCGUCAUUACACCUUUAACCCUCCCUCAUAGGUACCAGUACACGAUACUGAUUGGUCCCAACUGUUGUUUCAGCCACAGUUAUCUAAAAAGAUCAUAAUACUUCCAAGUUCUUCACUUUUAACUGUGUAAAUAAAACAUACUUUCCCAGAAUGCUGAACUGUUCCUUUAACACACUGUUUUGUCUCCUCCGUUCCACAGCAUGUCCAUGAAUUAACAUUUUGAAACGAGAUAAGAGACAGCUCACCAUCAUUAAAUAAAAAACACAGUUGCUCUGAGCGGCGCUCAUCUUUGAAAUGGAAAUAUAUAUACCAAGCACUGCGAGGAUUGUUUACAUUAACCUCUGCUGUCCCAGCCACUGCAACAAUGUGCCUGUUAAAUCCCUCAGUUUCCAUUUAUUUGCCUCCUCUGUACAUGUGUUGAUAAUGCGGAAAGCCAUGAGCAAAACCAGCCUGGAAAUAUUAACCCUCAGCUCUUUUCUAUGGAUAUUAGCAUCAUGGGUUUUAAUUUAUUUGUUUCUGCAGUUAAUUAAGAGACUUGUUUACUUUGAGUGAAUGUCAGUGACUGUCGGCUCUUAUCUCUAUGAUUAUGUGCAUGCUGAUGCUCCCACUCAACGUUUACUGAACUGAUCCUGUGUAUGGCCUUAAUCUGUCCCCUUCUAAAUUAUUGGCUGAAUAUAAAUUAAAUUAGAUCUCAGAUAUACUGUCAAGAAGAUAAUGAGCUAUUUCACUGUGUACAAAAAAUGAUGGCUUAAUUCAAUUUUGUGUCUUUCUAUUGAAAUAUUUUUGCUUCAUUCAGAAGUUUUCAGUCAAGCUGUACACAGAGUGCAUGAAGCAGCACAAUAUGUCACCGGUUUAAAUGCACAUGCUGGUGAAGAGUCCUCUCUUCUCCUCGAGGAAGGUGUUAUCUUACUGACGUAGACUGAGGAAAGCAGAAAGAGGAUCUGUCUUUGAAAUAUUGAUGAGACAAUCGGCUUUUGACUGCAAAACUUAUUUUUACAGAAUCCAGGAGGGGAAAUGUCACUUUUUGGCCUUAUUUCUUUCUAUGGUAUUUUGUGCCUCUAUAUGUUUUCUGUUACCACUUAGUUGUAACAUACAUAUUUAUGGCCUUACCAACAUCUCAGCCAUCCUCUUCAAGACAUAAGGCUCACCUCCAGCUCAUCCAGAUCAGUUUACCCCAACAUGACACCCAUGUUGACUGAUCAUACAAAUGUAAAAGAUCUUGACUUGCUUAAUGUGUCUUUGACUGUACUUUAACAGAAUGACACUGUUACACUUAACUGUGAAGCUCCUUAAGGCCAGGAAAUGUAAAAGAAAAAAAUGUUGAAAUGCUCUAUUUUUUCUGCUACAAAGUCAAGGAACUAGACAACUAGAGGGCUUUCACUGUUCUUUUUUUUUAGCAUAGUACUGUCACUUCCAAACUGUAGUGCCUGUUCAUCUACAUGCAACAAAUAAAAGAUGUCAUCAGAAAA